AUGAAAGGUUCGAGAUCCUCCGUCACAUUGCUACCUGAUGGCCGAAGCCUCAGGCUGCCACCGUCCUCAUCCAGGGUUUCUUCGUCAUCGAACCGUGGCGGUGGAUCCCCCGACCCAUCGAUUUGGAUCCGACGGCUCGCCAUUAGCAGAAGGCGGAGAGAGUAUUGGGCAAAGCUACUGCGUUGGAUGAUUUGUUCCUCUGCGAGAUCCCGAUCGGCUUUUUCAGGAAAAUCCUUUCAAUUUCCGCGACGGUGUGAUAACAGGAGAGAUUUGGGGGAUUCUCCUGAGGCAUGGAGGUCUCUGGUCUCUGGUCAACGCCCUUCGACAAAGUGUUUGUGGCUGAGACAGGGUGGCCGAGCGACGUGA